AACUUGCAUCAUAUCGAAGUGCCCAAUCACAUGCUACCUUCAUUGUUACUGUUUCCACAUUUCCCCAAUCCAUCGGCUUCCUCUCAUUCACACCAAUUAGUGUUCCGCCGCCAACAAUGGUGACGAUCGGCAGCACAAUUCCGACGACGUCAACCUGCGGUGACUUGAAGGUACGAUUAAUCGCAUCUCCGGCGAAACUACGAUUUCAAACAGCAUUUGGCACGAAACGUAUGUGGAAAGAGAUGUUCAAUCUACAUUCGAUUAAUCUUCCUCACGGUUUCUCCGACGCGAUUUCAAGGAUCAAAACGAACGUCGGAUACUUUCGUAUGAAUUAUACGUUGUUUACGUUCAUAGUUUUGUUUCUAAGCUUGUUGUGGCAUCCGAUCUCGUUAAUAGCCUUGACGAUUGCGUCCUGGUUGUUUUGCAACUUCAUUCUCCGCGACGAAUCUCUACUGAUUUUUAACCGUACGGUUGAUGAUCGUGUGGGACUGGCGAUUUUAUCGAUUGUUACUUUCGUUUUGAUGGUGUUGGAUGAAGCUAUGAUGAAUGUAUUGGUCUCUGUUUCGAUCGGAGCGGCGGUUGCGGUGGUUCAUACGGUGUUGAGGAAGACAGAGGACUUGUCUUUGGAUGAAAACAACAUCGUGGAAGCCGGCGGAUACUCGCCGGCGAAGUUACCGUAGAUUGCAGCUCUCGGUUUGUUAAUCUUCAUAUUUGUUUUUGUGUCAGAAAACGUGAGGUCCGUCGUUGGUGGAAAAAGCUGUGUUUUUUUGGUAUUUGGAGGAGAUUUUUGUACACAGGUGUAAAAACAUUAUCCCCAUUUUAUUUAGGAAAUUUAAUUCGAAAUAACCAAAUUCUU